AUAAUGCUCGCGGUAAUUCAAUUCCAGAACAGUGAUAACUCACUCACAGAAUCUGGUACAGAUCUCGUAUUUGCUCAUAUGGCACCACAACUAAAAGCAUGCCGGCCGAUUUCAGUCCCCAAUGCUCGGCCAAGCAAGCUUUCACUCACGCUCAUUUCAUACAAUAUAUUAGCCCAGGCUCUUAUAAAACGAGAACUGUUUCCUCAUUCUGGAAACAUUCUUAAAUGGAAAACUAGAAAAGCAAUGGUAUUGAAAGAACUAAAGGAACUUAAUGCAGAUAUAUUGUGUCUUCAAGAGGUUGAUCAUGUUGAAGAUUUUUAUGGAGACGCUCUCCAUGCACUUGGCUACUCAUUUGAGUUCUGCAAACACUCAACAAAGCUCCAUGGUUGCAUGAUUGCAUUUAAGCACUCUUUGUUCACCAAAGUGAACUAUGAUACAGUAGAUUAUGAUACAUAUCCAUUAUGUCCACCCACGCAAAAGACCGGUAACAUUGCUCAAUUGAUUGCACUCAAGGCUAUCGACCACGAUGAAGGCAUACUUGUGGGCAAUACUCAUUUAUAUUGGCGACCUCAGUCAUAUUACGAACGGCUACGACAGGGAUGUAUAUAUGUUAAAAGUGCCAGCGAAAGCCUCCUAUCUGUAAAAAACCUUCACUCUGAAAUCCGUUGGUCCUAUGUGCUCGCAGGAGAUCUAAACACAACGCCUACCGACCCAACGUAUCCAUCACUAACAGACAAUCCGCUAACCCCCAUACAAGAAGCAUGGCUGGAAUGGUCUCGGCGAGAGAUCGCAGAGGGCGAAGAGAUGAUAGAAGGUGGACCUGAUCUGACCCUACCACCACUUAAGCCCUCCAACAGUGAUGAUACCAAAUUGGCAACUGUAGAUGAACUACGAAAGAUAGUGGGUAACCAUUCUGGUCUGAAGAGUGUAUAUAGCCAGUAUGGGAAAAUAGAUGCAGAGGACAUACAGCAUUAUGGCGAACCGAAGUUUACACAUUAUGGCACAUACUUUAAAGGCACACUAGAUUAUAUAUUUUUGCCAGCAAAUGGAAAUUUAGAAUGUAGAGGUCUUUCACCACUACCAAAGGAGGCGGAAAUGGAGCCUGGUCUACCGAACGCCGUUUUUGGUAGCGAUCAUGUACCACUAUGUUGCCAGUUGCAUCUACUUGAAUAAAUUUCAACAAGUUAUAGAAGCGUGAAGGAUAUCUCUUUG